AUGGAUGUAGAGGGUGUAGAGGAGGGAACUCAGCACACAGCCCUGUGGCGUGUCAGUGCUGAGUGUGAGAGUGGAGGAGAGAUGUGGGCCUAUUCUAACAGACUGCGGACGGUUGGUCAGGAAAUCCUUCAUCCAGUGACAGAUGGGUUGAAAGUCCUAAUGUAUAAGGUUUUUGGGAGGAUCAACAUUCAGUUUGUGUGUACAGAAGCUGUAGUGUCUGCACUGCACAAGAGAAUCAAAUCUGCAUUCGAUGUGUUUGAUCAUGAGUCUAAUCAGACUGUGGACGUCCGAGAGAUUGGCACUAUAGUCCGUUCACUCGGCUGUUUCCCCACAGAGGCGGAGCUACAUGACAUCAUUAAUGAGAUAGAGGAAGAAGAGGCAAAUGGAUUCAUCCACUUUGAGAAGUUUCUUCCUGUCAUGACCGAAAUAUUAAUGGAAAACAAGUUUCCUCCCAUUUCUGAAGACUUAAUCCUGCAGGCAUUUGAGGUGUUGGACCAGCAGAAGAAAGGAUAUAUAGAGCCAGAGGAACUCACCAAAUAUCUUACACAAGAAGGAGAGCCAUUCUCUCAGGAGGAAAUGGAUGAAAUGCUCUCAGCUGCAGUUGAUCCUGAAAAACAGCUUGUUUUCUACAAAGAUUUUGUUGCCAUGCUGACCCUCAAUGACUCGCAGUAACUGUGGUAACCAUAAUAACCACAGAGAUGCUGGAUUUCAACAUUUGACCUGAUGACACGGUUAUCAUAGUUAUUCAGAAAGAAAGUCGAGUUUAUAUUUGUAUAGCACU